AUUUUUUGAAAUUUCAAAAUUUUCAAAUUAAAAUUCGAAUUUCUUUCUCCUCCUCCGUCCCGUCUCUGUGUGAAUAGAUAUAUAUAUAUAUAUACACACACACACCCCACCGGUCUGCCGAAUUCCCAUUCCUUGAAAGUUUGUAGCGUCCUCGAUCUUCAUCGGAAAUUGUGAUUGCGAAAUUCUUUCGUCUUUCUUUCCAACUUUCUCCCUUGAUUUUGUUGAGAUUCAAAGGUUACCUACCUACCUACCCAGCAAGCUAGCAAAUAUAGCAUCAAUGGCGGCUGUGGAUAAAUCAGGAAUGAGGGAGUGGGAGGAGGAGUGCAAGACUCCAAGGAAUAUCGAGAAUAGGAUUCCGGCAAUGCUUAUUUGCCCCCCGCCGCCGAGGAAGAAGCCUAUCGGUGACGGAAAGAGGCGAGACCCGCCGAAGGGCGGGUAUUUUAAUCCUCCUGAUCUUGAUUCCUUCUUUGAUAUUCCACCAAGGAAAGAAGCAUUUGCAUAGGAAGACGGUGAACGGAUUUGGUUAUAUUUUUCAUUUUAGGAGUGAAGAGGAAGAAACAGCUGUAUAUAUAUAGAUGAUUCUGCAUAGUUUUGCUAGGGGACAUUCCUUUUUUUCUGGUCAUGUUUUAGGGUUUUUAUUUUAGCUACUGCUGAUGGAUUGCGAUGAUUUGUUUAACAAAUUCUUUUACGGAAUCAUGGCCUUUGAGUUCUC